ACACGGGCGGCAGAAAGGGCGGGAAACGCCUCCUCAGAGACCCGGAUGUGGGCGCAGCCUAUGUCUGCGGCGACACGCGUUUCGUGAGAGCUUGGCCCUUCAUAGACGCCGUAGCGAGUGGUUGGUACCGGCCUGGCUUCCGGGAAUAACCGCAGCCGCUACUGUGAGGAGUGCGGCACCGAGCAGGAUGUUGGUGUUAGUAUUAGGAGAUCUUCACAUUCCACAUCGAUGCAACAGCCUCCCAGCCAAGUUCAAAAAACUGCUGGUUCCAGGAAAGAUUCAACACAUACUCUGCACAGGAAACCUCUGCACCAAGGACACUUAUGACUACCUCAAGACUCUGGCUGGAGAUGUUCACGUUGUCAGAGGGGACUUUGAUGAGAAUCUGAACUACCCUGAGCAGAAGGUUGUAACUGUUGGACAGUUCAAAAUUGGGCUGAUUCAUGGCCAUCAGGUUAUUCCUUGGGGCGACAUGGCCAGCCUGGCACUGCUGCAAAGGCAGUUCGAUGUGGACAUCCUGAUUUCAGGGCAUACACACAAAUUUGAAGCAUUCGAACAUGAAAACAAGUUCUAUAUCAAUCCAGGAUCAGCUACAGGAGCCUAUCAUGCCUUAGAGAACAACAUCAUUCCUUCAUUUGUCCUGAUGGAUAUCCAGGCUUCUACAGUAGUUACAUAUGUCUAUCAACUAAUUGGAGAUGAUGUGAAAGUAGAAAGAAUCGAGUACAAAAAAUCAUAAACAUGUUUUUGCUUGUCUGGUCUUUUUACUGUCUUGUUAUGACAAUACUUGAUUGCUAGUUUACAGUACUACACUUGUGUGCUAACAGCUUAACAAUGUAGCUUCUUGGUAAAAACUUUGAAACAGCAUUGUGUUUGCUUUCUUCUGUAUGAAUUGAUUUGUAAAAUACUCCAUUCAAAUAACUGUUUAAAUACUGUUCCUUAAUGUUGUAAUAAACUCCACUUCAUAGAAAAACUGAGCUUUAUGAAAUGUUGUUGGGGGGGAAAAAAUGCAGCAGUCAGAGUGGCUUUUUAAGUGGCUCGUGCUCUGGUUUGACUUCUAAAUGAUACUUUUUAAGGAGCUCAAAUAAAAAGAUUGAAGGCUU